AAAGAAAAAAAAUAAAAAAAUACAAAGAAUCCUCUACAUAGCCAAAUUGCGCAGAUGGCGUGACGUCAAUGGAUAAACGACCAAGGUAUAUAAACGCUUGGAGGAAACCUGGGUACCCCCUCCCUUGGUCAUGGCGUUCUGUCUCAUCGCUUUCUUUGAAGCCACAGACGAUUGCUGCCCAAAGGUGCCCCUGAAAACUCUGAUGGCAGAUUCAGGCUUCGGGCUAUUGAACUGAGCGUUCGUUGUCCAUUCCCCUACAAAUACCCGUACGUUUUGCUCUUGUUCCUACGUUCACAUUUUGUGCGCACCUCACAGGAUUGCGGAUAGGAGCCAUAUAACCCCAAGUUUGAUCUGAUUCAUUUCGCUGCUGAAAAGCUGUAAGCUAGAAAACCAGAUCCAUUUGGAUUCGCCUAUUAAUUGUUUACAUCGCCACACAACAUGACGAUUGAGAAACAAUCAAUUGGCUUCGUCGGCCUCGGCCUCAUGGGCUUCGGCAUGGCUACGAACCUCGUCAAGCAAGGUUACACCGUCAAGGGAUAUGACAUUUCGGAGCCAACGUUGGCCCGCUUUAAGGCAGCCGGCCGCCAUACUGCUUCAUCUCCUGGUGAUGCGGCGAGCGGGAAUUUGUUCUGUGUUUGCAUGGUCGCUACCACUGCCCAGGCGCAAGCUGUGAUUUUUGACCAUGAAAAUGGCAUCGCGAAGGCUCUCCCCAAUGGCGCGACUCUCAUUCUAUGCUCUACCGUCCCAGCCAUGUCCGCGCAGUCAUUCCGGGACCAACUAGUGUCCAUUGGCCGCGAAGACGUACACUUUAUCGAUGCGCCGGUGUCAGGUGGAGCUAGGAAGGCCGGAGAGGGUACCCUCACCAUAAUGGCAGGCGGCUCAGACGCAGCGCUGGAAAGGGGCAAAUUCCUCCUUGAGGAGAUGUCGGAUACGCAUAAGCUGUAUCUUGUGCCUGGCGGUAUCGGCGCAGGCAGUAACAGGAAGAUGAUCCACCAAGUGCUUGCCGCCAUCCACAUCCUCGCGGCAAGCGAAGUCAUGGGCCUUGCUGCACACCUAGGAUUGAAUGCGAAGGAAGCGGCAGAGGCACUUAUGUCUUCUGAUGCAUGGAGCUUCAUGCAUGAGAACCGCUGCGAGCGCAUGCUGAUAGAAGAUUAUUAUCCGGGGUCUAGUGCUGUCACUAUUAUCCUCAAAGACGUGGCCAUCGUCACCGCCGCCGCGCGCCUUCACAGCUUCCCCACCCCCCUCUGCGGCAUCGCGGAGCAAACCUUCCUCACCGCUCUCCCUCUCGGCUUCGGGGGUGACGACGACGCCAGCCUUGUGCGCCUCUACUACCGAGACCCCAUCACUAAAGCUGACCCAAAAGCCUCCUUGAACCCGGAAAGAAACGCAGCGGCGCUCAAGCUCAUUGUCUAUUUGCUUACCAACAUCCACCUCGUCGCUGCCGCCGAAGCCAUAUCGUUCGCCCGGCUUCUCAAGGUCGAUCUGCCAUUGGUCUACGAUGUCGUCAACGCUGCGGCGGGCGCGAGCAAAAUUUUCAAACUUCGCGGCGCGGAGAUGAUGUCUGGCUUAACGGGUGGGGUAGAUGGUGAUGGGGGUAAGAGGAAGACGAUCAAUGAAGCCAUAGCGGAGCUUGCUGCCGUUGUACAGGGGGCACGGGAUGUGAAUUGCCCGCUUCAUUUGGGGAAUGCGGCGCUUAAUAUCCUCUAUGUGGCGAGAAAGCAGGGGCUGGGUGAGGAGGCUGAUUCGCAUGUUUUGCGGGUUUAUGAGCAUGUAUAGAGUGUGAGUGGGCCCGGAUCGCUGGUAGGGUGGAGGGUGCGUUCCUCAUGCUUCUCUUCUUCCCAGAUCUGCUAACUUCUAUUGCCAAACCCUGUGUUCUCUGUUUCUGACCCGUUUCGUUCCACAUAGGAACUUUAUGCAUAUAUGCACUGAUGAGUCCCCGUUAGCAUCGCAGAUAAUAGCCUAUCAAUGGAAGCUUUAUGACUUCCCUAGCCAGCCAAUUCUUUUUACCUUUUCUUAAUCUCCCAUUGGGAAUUCCAAAUAGACAUAGAUAUACACAAGAUCACCUACUUAACUACACAAUAGCGCCCAUCCAUCCAUUAGCGAUAGCCUCCAACCCACCCACCCCCCCUCAUCCCUCAGCACCCGAUGCGCCCACACCCUCCCCUCACCAAUCAGCUUCUCCGCAAUGUCUCCAAAGCGCGGAGCAAGCUCAAAAUUCUCCCGCUGAGCAGGAAAGAAAUGUGCACCUACACUGAAUUCUUCGUCGAUGGCCGUGUACACCACCAAGGCGCUGCUCUCUCGAUAUCAUCGCGCGCCAGCUGUGGGAAUUGUGUAGUCGUGUCUUUGUCGCUAGGGUGUGAGGAGAUGGCGGCGUUGCAUACGGCGGAUUUGCGGGAUGCGAUGGUGUCGUAGACGAGGUGGAGGGUGUUGUUAUUGUAUUCGCUGGAUUAUCUUGCCGGUGAUUACAUAUUCCACAAACGCGCCCUUGGAUCGGCUGCAUCUCGUUAAAGCACUGGUUUCAAUGAAGCCCAUGCAUGACUCUGCUCUCACCUGGCGAAGUUCUUAGUGACGGUGGGGGCCCGACCUGCUCGACAGAUGGUGCUGGGGAAGUGCAGCCGCAGCCGCCUACUGUGGAUUCUUCCAGGCUGCCGGGUUGAGGCCGACGUAUGUAGGGAUAUAGAUAUGUACUGUACUCAUAUUUUGACACAGGAAGAAGGGAUAAUUGACUAGACUGAGGACCCUGAAGGGAGGCCGACGGGGUCGUGUAAAUAUCCAGCACGACGAUGGGAAGGGAGAAGAAUACUAAAACUCUGCGAUUGUAAUCUUUGGUUGUUGAUUGGAAAUCAGAUCGUAUCCAUGCGCUCGUAUAUGUGCUGUACAUACGGAGUAUAUACAGAGGUUACUCCCAAAGGGUUUGAUUAGCACUAAAAAAAAUAUUCAGUUUCAA